AGAGAGAGAGGAGAGAGAGAUUCACAGUUGCUCAUAGACAGUCACAGCACCAGAAAACCACCUCUCCUAAUUUAAGUUUAUUUAAUUUAUAAAUUUAAAUUAUCUUUUUCCCUGAUUUGUGUUCAAGUUCUUCAUAUAAAGCCUAACUGGUGCCUUUAUGUUUGCUUCUCUUCUCACGUAUAUACCAAUCAAUUAUACUGAAGAAAAAUCCAUAGCGUUUCCUUGCUGCGUUGUGUUGUGUGCCUGAUAAUUUUCUCUUGUUGUUUUCAAUGGUGUUGAUGGAGGAGAAUGAUAGUUGCGGGAGUAGAGUGCACGAUACGUUGUCGUCGUCGUCGUCGUCGCCUGUUCAUUGGCGGCAGCAGAGGCAGAAGCUGGAGGUCUACAAUGAGGUGCUCCGUCGACUCAAAGAGUCCGACAAUGAAGAGUCCAAUCGCCCUGGGUUCGACGACGAUCUUUGGGCUCACUUCAAUCGACUCCCCGCUCGGUAUGCAUUGGAUGUGAAUGUAGAGAGGGCAGAAGAUGUUCUUAUGCACAAGCGCUUAUUGCAUUUGGCUCAUGAUCCCAACAAUAGACCUGCAAUCGACGUGCACCUUGUCCAGGUUCAUCAUAUAUCUGAUUGCAACUCAGCUGAUUCUAUGCUUUCGGAUCUUCCUGCUGAAGAAUCUCCACAACCCAAGAGCAGACUGAGUGUACAUCCACCACCAGCUUUUGGUUCAUCGCCUAAUCUUGAAGCCCUUGUACUUGAAGCAAACGAAUCUGAAGAUCAAGAUGGGGAUAGAUCCUUACAUGCUAAUUCACAAUAUUCUCGGCCCCUGCAUGAAAUUACAUUUUCAACAGAUGACAAGCCGAAGCUUCUCAGCCAGUUGACAUCCUUACUUGCUGAGAUUGGCCUGAAUAUCCAAGAAGCACAUGCUUUUUCCACAGCUGAUGGUUAUUCUUUAGAUGUUUUUGUCGUUGAUGGUUGGCCAUAUGAGGAAACGGAACGUCUUAGAGCUGCAUUGGAGAAGGAAGCCUUAAAGAUUGAGAACCAGGCUUGGCCAGGUCCUCGUUCAUACUCUCCAUCCAGGGAAAAUGAACAAGCUGGAUUACAAUCUGAUACUAAUCACGUACCAAUACCUAAUGAUGGAACUGAUGUAUGGGAAAUUGACCCUAAACACUUGAAGUUUGGGAACAAAGUUGCAUCUGGAUCUUAUGGCGAUCUGUACAAAGGCACAUAUUGUACCCAGGACGUAGCUAUAAAGAUCCUCAAGCCUGAACGUGUAAAUACAGAUAUGCAAAGAGAAUUCGCUCAGGAGGUUUUUAUAAUGAGAAAAGUUCGGCACAAAAAUGUUGUACAGUUUAUAGGUGCAUGUACCAAGCCUCCAAGUUUAUGCAUUGUAACAGAAUUUAUGUCUGGUGGAAGUGUGUAUGACUACUUGCACAAACAUAAAGGUGUUUUUAAGCUGCCAACCUUACUGAAGGUAGCAAUAGAUGUUGCUAAAGGGAUGACCUACUUGCACCAAAAUAAUAUUAUUCAUAGAGAUUUGAAGGCAGCCAAUCUUCUUAUGGAUGAAAAUGAAGUGGUUAAGGUUGCUGAUUUUGGUGUUGCUAGAGUGAAAGUGCAAUCUGGAGUCAUGACAGCAGAAACAGGGACGUACAGAUGGAUGGCUCCAGAGGUUAUAGAACACAAGCCCUAUGAUCACAAGGCUGAUGUUUUCAGUUUCGCAAUUGUCUUAUGGGAGUUGCUAACUGGAAAGCUUCCAUAUGAAUACUUGACGCCACUACAAGCAGCUGUUGGUGUAGUCCAAAAGGGUUUACGACCUACAAUCCCAAAACAAACCCAUCCAAAACUCACCGAGUUGCUUGAGAAAGGUUGGCAGCAAGAUCCAACGCUCAGACCAGACUUCUCUGAAAUUUUGGGGAUUCUGCAGCAAAUCGCCAAGGAGGUUGGGGAGGAGGUUGAUCGAAAGGAAAAGUCAUCAGGGGGAUUCCUGUCUGUCCUCAGGCGGGCGGGCCACCACUGAUGUUGUGGUAGUUAUUAAAAAGUUUGAUAACCCAAAAUGACGCCACGCCAACGAUCUUAUGAUUUGAUUACAUGAGUAGUUUUUUAACUGAUUUUGGAUCAACACUGUACAGUAUUUCCCAAACCAAACGUCUUUUUCUUUUUCGUAUAUUUUUCUCCCUUUUCUUAUUUCCCUUUUUGAAAGGUUGAUUUGUUAUGUCUUUGCCCCGCCCCGUUUAAUAAUCUCUUUCUCAUGUUAUUUAGUAUCCCUAAUCGGUAUUUAAGGGAUGCUGAUAUGGGUGAGGUUUGUAACUGGGAUCAUUUCAAGCAGGUUAUUAUUAACAUUAUGCGUUUUCUUACGUA